CAAAGUAAACAAAUAUUGAGGAAAUAACAACCACACCGAUUGCCUGCUUUAGUGUUGGUCGCCGACGUCUAGAAGCACAACUGAAGUCAGCUAGUUUUUUAGUCAGCUGGUAACGAUAGAAAGAUAACUAUGUACCUGUCUUAAAUGAGCGGUUAGCCAACGUUAGUCUGUACGACAGUUAUAAGUGGACUGCCUAACCGCAUUAAGUAAGCCUCAGGAUGGCUCAGUGGGAGCGACUCACACAGCUGCCCGAUGCUUACAAACAGCAGCUGGAUGAGCUCUACAACAGGGAUGCCUUGCCGAUGGAUGUGAGGCACUACCUGUCGGCCUGGAUCGAGAAGCAGGAGUGGCAACGAGCAGCACAGGAUCACGACUUUGCGAUGGCACUGUUUCAGGUCCUGCUGGAGAAUCUGGACAUACAACACAGUCGCUUCGUCCAGGAGGAGUCUUUCUUAUUGCAGCACAACAUUAGACGCCGUAAACAGAACUUUCAGGGAUACCUGGAUGACCCGUGUGCCUUGGCAAACACAAUCCUAUGGUUUUUGAAAAAAGAGAAGGAAAUCCUGCAGAGCGCUGAUCUGGCUGAGCAGGUCCAGUUGUUGCAUGUAGCGGAAGAAGCCAUGGAAACAAGCAGCCAGCUGGACAUCGAGCGUAAAAUCGCUGGCCUUCGAAAUGAAGUUGAGUGCAUGGAACGUACAAUGUCCUGUCUGGAGGAGCAGCAGGACGAGUUUGACUUUAAAUUCCAAACCUAUAAAAUGGAAGCUGUGGUUGAUGAGGCUGCGAAAAGGAAACAAAUGCAAGUUUUUCAGCAACUUAUCAACAGGCUGGAUGAAUGUAGAAAGAGCACACUGUCAGAGCUAAAUAAGCUCCUCGAUAGGACUGAUACGCUGAUUGACAUAUUGGUGAAAAAGGAGCUGGUGGAGUGGCACAGGAUGCAGCAGAAGGCCUGCAUUGGCGCUCCAGAAAACGUUUGUCUGGAUCAGCUGGAGAAGUGGUUCACCUACGUGGCAGUGUGUCUGUUUCGGGUGCGGGAGUUUCUUGAUAAGCUGGAGGAGCUGGUAGGAAAAGUGUCCUAUCAAAACGACCCGGUGAAGUCCCAAAAACCCAAAAUGCAGAAGAGAGCAGAAACUCUUCUUAAAGACUUACUCCAAAGUUCCUUUGUGGUGGAGACUCAGCCCUGCAUGCCUCAGGGGAAAGGACCCCUGGUGCUCCGCACCAACGUCCAGUUCGCUGUGAAGACCAGGCUUCUUGUUAAGUUUCCUGAGCUGAACCACUCCAUGAAAGUGAAUGUGUGCAUGGACAGGGAGGCUCCUCAGAUCAAAGGAUAUCGGCGUUUUAAUGUCUUCGGGACCAAAAGCAAAGCCUUGAACAUGGCAGAGAGCCAGAGCGGGGGCAUGGUAGCCGACUUCAGGCAUCUUACUCUAAAGGAGCAGAAAAGUGGAGGUGGCGGCAAAGGAAUCAAUGAUAUUUCUCUCAGCGUCACAGAAGAACUGCACAUCAUCCACUUUGACACUUUAUUUGAGAUGAAAGGCUUGUCAAUUGAGCUGCAGGCCUCCUCAAUCCCGGUGGUCAUCAUCUCCAACUCCAGCCAGCAGCAGAGCGCCUGUGCCUCCGUCCUCUGGUUCAACAUGCUCAGUGUGGACACGAAGGAUGUCAUGUUCUUCGCCAAUUCUCCUGCAGCCACUUGGCCGCAGUUCGGAGAUAUGUUAAGCUGGCAGUUUCUCUCUGCCACUAAACGGGGUCUGAAUGAGGCUCAGCUGGAAAUGAUUGCACAAAGACUCUUUGGAAAGCAGCAGACAUAUGACACCUGCAAAGUAACUUGGUCCAAAUUUAGCAAGGAAAAUACCCCUGACACAUUCUGGGCGUGGUUCGAUGGCAUCUUGGUGAUGGUGAAAACUUACCUUGAAGACCUGUGGAGGGAUGGCCUCAUCAUGGGUUUUGUGAGCAAAAGCAAAGAGAAGUACCUCCUGAAGAAGAAACAGAGAGGCACGUUCUUGUUGCGCUUCAGUGAAAGUGUCAUCGGGGCAAUCACCUUCUCGUGGGUGGAAAUUGACAUGAAUGGUGAGCCUGACGUGAAAACAGUUCAGCCCUUCAAUAAGGUCGACCUCUGCCAGAUUCCCUUCCAAGAAAUCAUCAGGAAUUUCCAGAUCUUAGAAGCUGAAAACAUCCCAGAAAGUCCUCUUCUCUACCUAUAUCCCAACACCCCUAAAGACGAGGCUUUUGGAAAAUACUACUGUGAGAAGACUGGAAGUGACAAUCCCUACAUACAAUACAUCAAAACCAAGCUGGUGUUUGUUUCAAAGGAGAAGACACUGGAGGCUAGGUCACCCAUGUCCUCUGGCAUGGCACAGGGUGAAGUCUUGGAGCUGAUGAGCGGCCUGGGUGGAGAGGCAGCUGAACCAGGCGGAAGUCCUUCGCUGCUGUCACUCUUGGAAACGGGUCUCCCUGAGCCCAUGCUGUCUGACUCUCUUGAACCCGCAGAUGAUCAGGCACUGAUGUUUUUCCAAACCCCCUUCGACUUUGUUGAUCCUCACCUCUUGCCAGAUGACCCAGCGCUGCACGAUUUCCCUCUCACAGGAUUUAAUUGCCUGCCCCCACAAUCCUGUGGAAGCAUUUUCCAAUAAGCCUCCGUUUUGGAUAUUUAACCAAACCACUAUCAUUCAUCAUCAGCUUUACUUUCAGCAACUUGCAUUACAACACCCACGUCACAUGGUUGUGGCAUACCUAGUAAAUCACAACAACUUUUUUUAUCUGAAAUACUGACUGUUAUAGAUGUUUUUCUUUUUAAUCAGCACUGUGCAGUUAGUCUCACUGAAUCCUGAUAUAUAAAUGUCUAUUUGAAGACACAAACUAAAUGAAUGAAUUAGCUGGCCUAAUUAGCUAGUGUCUUAGGGAUGUUUAUUAGACACAUUAUGUAAAUGUUACGUUAAGAUAAUAAAGCAAUGAUUUAAAACUGCCCAUGUAAGCAAAUUACAUUGCACUAAGUGCACCUAAUUUUUGCCUAAUUUUCACCUAACGUUUGUUGAGAAUGCCCUUGAUGUUACUUUAUUGUUGCUACCUGCAGCUUGUGAUACACUGUUCUGACACAUCGCACUUCCUCCUUUUUAAGUUAUAUAUAUUGCCAAUAAAAGAUAAAAGGUAAAUAA